UUUAUGCAUCUCUUGCUUUGCAUGCACUCUCUCUCUUCUCUUUCUCUCUCUUCCCUUUCUCUCUCUACACACAGACUAUCCCUUCUUCUUCAAUCCCUUCCUUGCCUUCUCUCUCUACAAAAUCACCCAAGUUGAAAUUUGGGAUUGAAUGGGUUCCGACAUUUGCGUCAAUGGUUCUUGCUGCGUGCACGAAUGGAAGAAGGGAUGGCCUCUACGAUCUGGUGGAUUCGCCCAACUAUGCAUCAAGUGCGGAUUUAUGGAGGAAUGGAAGCGUGAGAUAAUUGAUACAUUAUCUGCAAAUGAGUAUUCACUAUUCUGUAAUAACUUCCACCGUCGCGAAACUGGAUGGAAGGAGUGUAACUUUUGCAACAAGCCUAUCCAUUGUGGAUGCAUAGCAUCUAAAUCUUUGUUCGAGUACCUUGACUUUGGCGGUGUAGGAUGUGUUAGCUGUGUAAAUGCUUCCCAACUACGUUUGACGAGGAAUACUGAAAAUGGGUCUGUUUCGACUACCAAAAAUAAUGCAAGUGAUCGGCAUUCUGCGCAUAUUGACAACAGACAGUUUGUCAGUAGCGUGGAUGAAGGAAAACUUAUGGAGUUCUGCAGAAUUGUUGAAGCUAGCGAAUCAAGCCGUUGGAAUCAUGCUCAGAGAGACAACAUAAUCUCAUGUAAUGGGCAAAAUGGCAAAGAAGUGACAUUCAGGGAAGUGGAAAGUGGAUUUUCAAAUGUGAUAAAGCCAUCGGUUCAGUCAUUAACGUUUUCUGCUUUAGAAAAUAGUAGACCGACAUGGGAGAUUAAAAGUAGACAUGAACCAAUGACUCAACCAUCUUUAAACAUGUGUCUGGGAAAUCCGUCUGGGAGCAACUUGGUACUGCCUUCAGCAACUGAGAUUGCAGAAGGAAGACUUGAGAGCAAAGCCUCCAACUUUCAACAAAGAUCUCGGCCCAUAUUGCCCAAACCAUCGAAGACCGGACUUACUAUGAAUGUGGAAACAGACAAAGGCUCAACUUCUCAGGCACGCAUUGCUCGACCACCUGCCGAGGGGAGGGGCAAAAACCAGUUGCUUCCUCGAUACUGGCCCAGGAUUACUGAUCAAGAACUGGAGCGGUUGUCUGGAGAUUUGAAGUCCACUGUAGUGCCGUUGUUUGAGAAGGUGUUGAGUGCUAGUGAUGCUGGCCGAAUUGGUCGACUUGUUCUCCCAAAAGCAUGUGCCGAGGCUUAUUUUCCUCAUAUUUCACAAUCAGAAGGUCUUCCUUUACGGGUCCAAGACGUGAAGGGGAAUGAAUGGACAUUUCAGUUCAGAUUUUGGCCUAAUAACAAUAGUCGGAUGUAUGUAUUGGAGGGUGUGACACCUUGCAUACAGUCCAUGCAAUUACGUGCUGGUGAUACGGUUACAUUUAGUCGGAUAGACCCUGGGGGUAAACUUGUUAUGGGUUUCAGGAGGGCGACAAAUUCUUCAGACACCCAGGAUGCCUCUACAUCUGCACAAUCGAAUGGUAUUUCAACUACAGGAACCACCUCUGGUGGAACUGAGAAUCUGCUAUCAGGAAGUAAUUAUGCUGAUCUUCUCCAGUCGGCGAAAGGGAAUGGGGAACCUAAUUCUAGUGGACAUCCAGAACAUCCACGUUCAGGUACUGGAGCUGCCGCUGUGCUUAAAACCGAAAAUUGUGAGGAGAUGAUAAACAAUCAUUCUGUUAAGCAACCAAUUCCAGUUUCAGAGAAGAAGAGGACUCGCAAUAUUGGGCCUAAAAGUAAGAGGUUGCUCAUUGAUAAUGAAGAUUCUAUGGAGUUGAGACUUACCUGGGAAGAAGCACAGGACUUGCUUCGUCCGCCACCUAGUGUUAAGCCAAGUAUUGUCACCAUUGAGGACCAAAUAUUUGAAGAAUAUGAUGAGCCCCCGGUUUUCGGAAAGAGGACUAUUUUCAGUGCCUGUUCAUCUGGGGGGAAGGAGCAGUGGGCUCAAUGUGAUGAUUGCUCUAAAUGGCGAAAGCUUCCCGUCGAUGCUCUUCUUCCUCCCAAGUGGAAUUGCUCUGAGAAUGUUUGGGAUGCAAGCAGGGCUUCAUGUUCUGCUCCAGAGGAGAUGAGUUCAAGGGAAUUAGAAAACCUUCUGAGAACCAACAAAGAUCUUAAGAAGCGGAGAAUUGCUGAGAAUAAUAAACCAAUCCAAGAGCAUGAGCCUUCUGGGUUGGAUGCUCUUGCCAGUGCCGCGGUUUUAGGAGACAAUCUUGUUGAUCCUGUGGAGUCAUCAGCUGGAGCCACCACCAGACACCCUAGACACCGUCCCGGCUGCUCCUGUAUUGUGUGCAUUCAACCACCAAGUGGAAAGGGGAGACACAAGCCAACAUGUACUUGCAACGUAUGCAUGACCGUGAAGCGCCGGUUCAAAACCCUGAUGCUUAGAAAGAAGAAGCGCCAAUCGGAGCGCGAAGCAGAUGCUGCUCAAAAAGGUCAUAUUCCUCGAAAAGAUGAGUCAGAUACCAAUGGAAGAGCUUCAAGAGAUUAUCCUAAACCGAGUCACUCGGACAAAGAGGGAGGACUAAACAAAGAUCAACAACCAACCCACGUGGGAGAGUCGAAUGCCGGACAAAUAGACCUGAACUCGCAUCCGAAUCGCGACGACAUGGCAGCCGAUACAUCGGCGCCUAGCACCUCGAAUCAUCUUGAAAUAACAAACCGAGAGGUAAGGAACUAUAUGAAUCAAAAUGGUGUUAGAAGCUACAAUAAUGGUGAAGUGCAGGAUAAUCAGCAUCCUUCUUUACUCAAUCAAUCUAAUGGAGGGUGCUUUGGAUCAUCCAUUGUGUGGAAAAUGGAAAGAAAAGAUGAGGUUUACAAUCAUGCCAAUCAAAGUCAAAGCCAUAGUCAAAACAACAAUCUUUCUUGAUAAAUUUAUUUAUUUAUUUAUUAUUUAUACUUCUAUAUUUCUAUUUUCUUGCACUCACAGUAUAUAACAUAAUUUGCUCUCUCUUUUGCAAAAAGGGUGCUCAAAGUGGUCAAAGAUAGUUUUCUUAUAGUCAAAAGGAUGUAUUACUAUUAUCAAUAUUUUGAAAUAUUUUCCUUCAUGGAAGUGGGUUCUGCACUUUUCUCUAUUUGACGAUGUAUUUUUUUGGGUCGUUUAUGAGAAUGAAAGAAAAAAUGGUAUACCUUAGUCCUCA